UUUUUCAGUUUACAGACCAGCUGAAUGUGUAACGCACGCUUAGGCUUAAAACCUGCCAUCAAACAACUAUUUUCAAGCCAACAUAGAGCUAGUGUCAGUCAUGUCCGACGGUCCAGGGGGUUUUGAGAUGGAGGAGGAUGAUGAGUGCUGGGCACGGCUGGAAGACUACAGAAUGCUGCUUAUCAAGACCAUUGAGCCCUCAAGGAUAACACCUUAUCUGAGACAGUGUAAAGUGCUGAGCAGCGAGGAUGAAGAACAGAUCUAUAACGACCCCAGUCUGGUUAUCAGACGCCGAAAAGUUGGGGUGCUGCUGGACAUAUUACAAAGAACUGGCAUCAAAGGAUAUGAGGCCUUUCUAGAGAGUUUGGAGCUAGACUACCCAGAUGUAUACCGCAAAAUCACCGGCAAAGAGCCUGCUAGGGUCUUCUCCGUACUUAUUGACACUGCCGGUGAGUGUGGCCUCACUCAGUUCCUCAUGAGCGAGGUCGCUCGCCUACAGAAGCUCGCACAGGACGAACGGAGGAAGCGACUCGAAGUGUCUGCGCAGGCGGCGGAGCAGCUGGACGCCAUCCGCCAGCUGCAGCUGUGUGAGAGCGAGCUGCACAAACAGCAGGACCGCGUGCAGCGCAUCCGAGAGGAGCGCGAGCGCACGUGCGAGGAAGCGCGCAAACUGAGAGACGAGAAUUACCGAUUGAUGCACGACUUGACCCGAUUAAGCGAGGAGAAGAACUGCGCGCUCAUGUGUAACAGAGACCUCCAGCUCGAGAUUGAGAAAUUGAAACACAGCUUAAUGAAUGCAGAAAGUGACUCAAAGAUCCAACGGAAAAAGACAAUAACCUUGAAAAAUGCCAUGGAGCAGAGGCCAAGUCCAGAGCUGAUCUGGCAGAUGCAGAGAGAAAAGGACAUCCUUACAGCUCGUAUACAAGAGCUCGAGAGUGCUUGCAAGGUCCAAACUCUGGAGCACGAAAAGCUUGAUUCACAGUCAUUAGAGGAAUUCAAGCAACAAAUUCAGGCACAACACCAAGAACUGGUGAAUGAUCUCUACAAUCUAAGGAGAGACCUACAUGGCACAGAAAAGUUGCGUGAUAAGUAUCGAGAGGAGAAGGAUGAGUUGGAACUGAAGUGCGCAAUGCUAAAAAAGGACUCCAAAAUGUACCGUGACCGAAUGGAAGACAUUCUGAAGCAGCUGGAAGAGGUCAUCAAAGAAAGAGACAAGGCUAUUUGUACAAGAGAGGAGUAUCAUUUGGAGAACUCCAAAAAUCUCCAAGACAAAGACCAGUACCGCAAACAGAUCCGGGAGAUGGGCGAGCGUUAUGAUGAACUUCAAGUCCAGUUGUUUCGAACUCAAGGAGAAGUUCUUGCUCUCCAUUCAAAGCUUCGCAAACAGAAAACCCCAAUUCAAGUGAACUCAGAAGAAUGCUCCUUGCUGAGUUCAUUUGAGAUGAAAAGUCAGACUAGCGAGGAGGAGUCCAGGGAAAUGUGUGAAAAGGAUAUGAGCGAAGAGUCUCAGAGCCAAACAUCUGGCGAGUACAAUUAUUCCGAGAGGAUGUUCUCUGAGGAGGAGAAAUCAGCUAACUGCAGACUUAAAGGAAAAUGCAACUUUUAUUAUAGGAGGAAACGUGCUUUAAGAACCAAAAAAAUCACAGACAAAGAGAGUGCGCAGUGCAUCCUGGACAACACUUCUGGGAGUGAUACAGACGGGAUGUGACAUACAGCUUUGCACAAGGAGAUGAAAUGUGGCCUUCUUUGACACUAUAUUAAAAUACAAUUUAAUGACAAUCCAACAUGUUUUGCAUCCAGUGACCCAUAAAACCUGAUUAACAUUAUAUCAAUGUAAUCGUGUUCACUGUCAAAGUAUGUCCAGUCAAUCACUUAUGUUAUCAUGAGUCUGAUCUGCCACAUUUCCUGUUAUCUAUUAAUAUACAUACAACUUUUCAUGUAAAUCUUGUUCUCUUUUUUUGUUACAGAAACUGAUGUUUAAAAAUAAACACACCCAAAACAUAUUCACUGAACUUACUGUAUAAGUCUGACAUUGAUCCCUUUCUAAUGGGGGCAUGAAUUAUACUAUAUGAACCUUUGUGAAUGGGAUAUUCAAAUUUUAUUUUAUUUUAUUUUUUUGUUGUUGAAAUUGAAU